AUGGCGGCUUCUUCUUUGUUGCUCACAGCCUUCUUCGCCGUCUCCUUCCUCAACGUCCUCGCCUCCUUCGCCAACGCCGGCAUGGUGAGCCCGACGGUGGCGGUGGCCCAAUUCCUGGCGGCGCACAACGGGCCGCGGCAAGCGGUGGGGGUGCCUCCUCUGACGUGGAACACGACCCUGGCGCAGUUCGCGAAGUCGUACGCGGCGCAGCGGCGUGGCGACUGCGCGCUGGUGCACUCGCCGGGGUACGCCUACGGGGAGAACAUCUUCUGGGGGCAGGGGCGGCGGUGGCCGAUCCCCAACGCCGUGGCGAAGUGGUCGGACGAGCGGUCGAGGUACCACUACGACACCAACUCGUGCGACCAGGGCGCCGACUGCACGCACUACACGCAGAUGGUGUGGCGGACGACGGAGUCGAUGGGCUGCGCCAAGAUCAUUUGCCGGAACGGGGACACCUUCAUCGUCUGCGAGUAUUACCCGCCGGGAAACUACAUCGGAGCCCGGCCCUACUGAUCGAUCGAUUGAUUCGGACAAUUUCUUGUUUGUUGUAUAUAUGUAUUUGUAUUAUGGAUUGAUGUGAUCCUGUUGGAUGUGAAUAUGUGUGAAAAUUAAAAUUAUAGUAGUAAAUCUACA